AUGGAUGCAGAUUACGACGAGCUGAGCGGUCCACGGAUGCCAGUGCCCGAUGACUGGCUCAGUGGAAAUCCAUUGCGAGACCUGGACUUCGUUUAUCUGGACGUUGGUACCGAGCUCCUACAGAACAAGUACACUAGGCUCACCUCCGUCUGUGCCAACUCUAUUGAUGACAGGGCGUCUUGGGGCACAUACAGCCCUGAACCUCUGCGCCUCAUUGUCCAUCGUCACCUCGCAUUCGGCAAUUCCCUGGCUCGGCUCUGCUGUGCAGCCGAGGUGCAGAGGUGUCGGCGCAGCAGCUGCUGCCGGCAGAGGGAGCGGAUGAGCCUCGUGGCACCGCACUGCGAGUGGACCGCCUUCCGCGACUGGGUCGUCACGGCCAUGGCGUGCCAGGCCAUGUUUACGACGGCGGAACGGAGACGGCCGGCGUAUAUGCAUUUGGUCAUGGCGGUCACGCUGUGCCACCGCCUCUUGGCGGAUCAACUGGUGGAGACAAAGGAACUCGGAUGCAAUCUUGUCGACCGUCAAGGGCAGCAUUCCAUCGACCUGGCCAGCGUGUCCGAGCUGAUCUACUGGAUGCUCACCAUCCAAAAUGCCGACGGCCUGGGCAGCCUCAUCGACGCCAAAUGGGGGCCGCAGUUCCUUCCCUCGUAUCUAGUCAGGGAGAGCGUCAGCCGGUCGCUGGAGACGGCAGAAGUUCUCGGUCUGUGCAAGAAUCGACUCUGGAAUCUGGUGGGCGUCAUGGAGCGGCGGGAGAUGGACCUUCCCGGCCUACUGGAGCACGCACGGCGAUAUCCGGCCCUGUUCAAGCAGCGCGGCCACGGCAAUUGCUCACCCAAGACCUGUCCAUUUAAUUCGCUGGACACGAGCAGGAUGGAGCAGCUCCACAAGACGGACGAUCCCCACGAGUGCCCGCUGGUAGUCUACCCGGUCCAGCUGCUCGAGGCGUCUAUUCGCCGCGGCACGGGGUCGGUCUGGUCGCGGUUCGAGAUCAUGCCCGCCGUCGUCAAGCCCGGCUUCCGUUAUGCCGCCAUAUCCCACGUAUGGAUGGAUGGCACAGGCAUCGGCAUCGGGCCGCAGGCUGAUAUCGGCGUCGUGAACAAGUGUCUGAUGGACUUUUUCCUGCGCAUAGCCGAGCGACUCGACUGCGACGGCAUCUGGUGGGACACGAUAUCCCUCCCGACCGACCGGGCUUUGCGGCAGAGAUGCAUCAACACCAUGCACGAGAACUACCGGGCAGCUGAGUGCACUAUCCUGCACGACAGCUUCCUCCUCAAUCUCUCCUGGACCGACGAUGGGAGUCCUUGUGUGGCCAUUGUGCUCUCGUCCUGGUUCACUCGUGGCUGGACGGCGCUUGAGCUGUACGAGUCCCGGCGUGUCAAGGUACUUUUCAAGGGACCUCAUCCGAAUGAGCCCCUAAUCAAGGACCUGGAUGAUGAUAUCUUGGCAAAGCACCCGGGAAGCUCCACCCGCGCCCACUGGAUUGCGACCUGCAUUAUCCAGCGUAUGCGCCGGCAGACGGCGUCCCGGCCAGAGAACCGGCCGAUCGCAAGCAUGCGCGACCUGCUUGCCGUCCUCCGGCCGCGCAGCGUCUGCCGCAUCGAUGACAAGAUGACCAUUGCCGGCCUGCUGGCCGACCUGCCACCAGAAACAGGCUGCAGUGAAUGCAAGAAUCUGGUCACCGCAGAGGGGGAGGCCCGAGAACACCUCCAGGAGCACAUCAAAAGACACACGUCGGAGCGCAUUCUCGUGCACCUGCCCACUAUCAGCCACGCCUCUCUGCUACACGGGAAGUCGACCAUCCGCGAAUCCGGUCCGUUUUCGUGGGCGGCCAUGGCCAUCUACGACAUGCCUGUCGGGACAUCUGGCGAUCUGGACGACGCCAACCAGAAAAGCAGCCUCUCCCUAACUAUAGACAACCUCGGCGGAGCGACUGGAUCUUGGCUGUACCGGGGGCUCUCCGAAGAUGACUGCGCCGAGGGCGCAAUUACACCUAUAAGGGACGCUGACGCGACCACUGUCUCGCGCGUGGCUGCAGCGCUGCAGAACCGGCAGGCUUGUGUGCUUCUUCGCGAAGGUCACAGCUCGAAGCCGUGGCUGCUGGCUAUGGCCGUGGGACGGGGUCAACAUGUCGGAAACGGGAUAGUCGAGGACGUGAUCGACUGCAGGUACGUCGGUGCCGUAAAGGUAACAUGGAUAGCCGAGUCAACCGAGCGGACGCGGCAACCAAGUCACUAUGGUCGUAGCAUGUUUCGCAUAGGGUGUGACGGCAACAAAGGUGUCGUGGACGUGCAAGAACUCUUGCCCGACAUUGUCCGAGGCGGCUACCGGGCAUCUGAAAACCCCCCCGGGGGGGAAGAGGGAGGUUCCUGGAAGACGAAAAUAUAUACUGCAACACCACUAACUGAGAGACUACGGAAUGAGCUACUAAAUGAGGGGGAAGGAAGAUAUGAGCAGGAUCCUGAUGAUUAUAGCGAUUGCGAUAUUCCAAGCGACGAAGAGUGCUCAAGCACUGACAGCGAAGGUCGCCCGAUACCUUGGACAUCUUCCUCGGGUUUCAUCUAUUGA